AUGGCAACGAAUCUCCUGAUUUAUCUGCUUAAGAAUGGCGAUAGUGAUCCGCUUCCUAAGAGGCGGAAGGUCGAAGAUGACUCCUGGCGGCUCCAAGCUAACCUCAUUCGUGUUGUUGAUCGCAACGGCACGCUUUACAAUUCGGCGGCUGCCCGCGCGAGAGCCAAUCUUCUCAGUACAGUUGAACACCCCAAUGAUGAAUCGCUCGUGCGAUCGGCGCACGAUCCGCUUCGGGAUUGUGAUCCGGUAUAA